GAUCCGUAUCUGCGAUCACCGUGUGCCGGGUUUUGCGCGUCUCUCUGUGCGUUUUACGCCCAUUCUGCCAAACACACACACACACACACACACACACCGAUAGCGCAGUUUUGCCGAGGCUAUACAGAUCCAUGCCAACAUGCAGUAGUAUACUCCUCUGCGGCCAAUAAAAUAUUAUGAAGGUUUAAUAAUAAUACAAACCAAGGCGUCUCCUGGCCCUGGCAUUCUGGGUUAUACCAUGAGGCGCCCGCGGCUGUGGACCCUUCUGUGUUUGAUGACCAUCUGCUACCAGCUUGGGAUGUCAAGCAGAUACGGUUGUCUGUUUGAGAGGAAGUUGUGUCCCAGAGGUCAGCGGUGUCUGGAUGAUGCACUCUUCGGCCAGUGCCAGGACUCCCAACAGCAGCGGGUCCAGUACCAGGUGUCGGUGCCGGUUCUCCAGAAGCUGCAGGAGGUUCAGAAGCAGCUGAUGAUGCAGGGUCUUUCCUGGCAGGAUGACAUAGUCCAGUACGUCAUCUCUAAGGAGCUGAGCCGCGUCCCUCAGUCCCGCACCCCCGCCACUCCCUGGGAUGGCCCACCUCCCCAGCCCUACCAGCCCUUGGACAAGUCGUCUUCUAAGCCUCUGCCAGAUAUGAGUCAGCUGAAUCCAGCCACGGCACAGCGCUAUCUGGACCCCGUGGCUGCACCGGGCCGACCCCAGGCCUCCCUCCGCAUGCAGGCGCCGGUGCCGGACCCAUACACCUACCGGCAGUUUGGGUAUCCGGAUGAAGAAGAGCGCUCCCUCAACUCUCUGGACGGAGCAGAGUUUGCCCGGCCUUCCACCUCGCACAGUCGGGCCGGCUUGCCAAGGGCUGAAGAACGAGGCCGGCAGCUGCUGGAGGAUGUCCUCUCCCUCUAUCUGUCCCCUGGACAGCCUUCCUCCCGCCACCAGGCAGGGGUCUCCUCCCGGCCCAUCUACAAGGCUUUGGAUUUGCCUUUAGACUACUCGGAGAACCUGGUUCUGCAGGAGGAGGAGGAGGAGGAAGUCGGCAGCCAGCCACAGCAAAAGAAGGCACCCCAGAACUACGGCACUCUCUCUAGGCUGGAUGAAGCGACUCUGAACCAGCUGGUUGGUGUGUUGAAGCGGUACGGAGUCAGUGUGAAGGACCUCUCCCCGCAGCAGCUGGAAACCCUGAUGAGUGCCCUGCGGCCUCAUCCCAUCGAAAGCCUGAAGGCUCCAGAUCGGCUCCAAAAGGCUGAAGCCACAGGGAAAAAGGCGCUGCUGACAGAAGGUGUGAUGAUGCACGAAGGUGACAGGAACCCCUUGCCUGCCCCCUCGGUGGACCUGCUCCCUCUCCAGCAGCCCCCCCCUAAAGGGGCCCCACCAAUACAGGCAGUCACGGUGGGGGGUGCUGCAUCAGGGUCGAAGGCCAUGCUGUCUGCUGAAAACACAGGGGGGAGGACAGUAUCAAAGGCCUCCAGUGCAGCCCUCGGAGGAGUGGACAGCUCGUUGGCCCAGGAGGAGUAUGGAUACAUAGUCACCAACCGCGGACGACUCAGCCUCUAUGAUGGGGUGCGUCUUUUGGAGACCUUCGCUGACAGGAUCCACCUACCCGCCAGCACAUUCAUCAACAUCAGUGUGGUGGGUCCAGCCCUGAUGUUCAGAGUCCGACAGAACCACCAGAAUCUCAGUGCCAACGACGUGGCUGAUAAGGCCGUGGCAGAGAAGACCUUCCUGGAGUCUGAGACGGGCCUGAAGAUCCUCCAGACAGGAGUGGGAGAGAGGAGUGACGGCCGGGGGUUGCCCCAGGCAACGCGGGUGCAGGACGGCUCGCGGCUGGUGAUCCUCACGCUGGUGGGCGUGGCCUGUGUUGGCGGGAUCCUUGCGGCCUCACUGACGGUCGCCUGCCUGCGACACCAUGCCCGUCAGCUGGCCUCCAGAAAGCUUGGCCUGGGGCCAGAGGCGGGCCAUGAGACGCAUUUUGAGUAUCAGGAGUUAUGCCGCCAGCACAUGGCCACCAAGUCGUCGUCGCGGCAGGACGCGGGCUGUGGGGGGGGCGGCGGCACGGACACGUCGCGCGUCAGCAGUGUGUCGUCUCAGUUCAGCGACGCAGCGCAGCCCAGCCCCAGCUCGCACAGCAGCACCCCCUCCUGGUGUGAGGAGCCGGCGCAGUCCAACAUGGACAUCUCCACCGGUCACAUGAUACUGGCCUACAUGGAAGACCAUCUGAAAAACAGGGACAGGCUGCUGAGAGAGUGGGAGGCUCUGCGCGCCUACCAGGCCGAGCCCAGCUCCGCGUCCGUCGCCCAGAGCGACAGUAACCACAAAAAGAACCGCAACCCUGACUUUGUGCCCUACAACCACUCCCGGGUGAAGCUGAAGGCUGAGAUCAAUCCCUCGCGGGCCGACUACAUCAAUGCCAGCACCAUCAUCGAGCACGACCCCCGAAUGGCGGCUUACAUCGCCACCCAGGGGCCCCUGCCACACACCAUCUCGGACUUCUGGCAGAUGGUGUGGGAGAGUGGUUGUACGGUCAUCGUCAUGAUGACGGCUCUGGUUGAGGAUGGAGAGAAGCAGUGUGAUCGUUACUGGCCUGACGAGGGCUCGUCUCUCUACCACAUCUACGAGGUCAACCUGGUCUCAGAGCACAUCUGGUGUAACGACUUCCUGGUGCGCAGCUUCUACCUGAAGAAUGUGCAGACGCAGGAGACACGCACGCUGACCCAGUUCCACUUCCUCAGCUGGCCCGCCCAGGGCAUCCCCAACUCCACACGCCCCCUGCUGGACUUCCGCAGGAAGGUAAACAAGUGCUACAGAGGCCGAUCCUGCCCAAUCAUCGUGCACUGCAGUGAUGGCACAGGUAGGACGGGCACCUACAUCCUGAUCGACAUGGUUCUCAAUCGCAUGGCCAAAGGCGUGAAGGAGAUUGACAUCGCUGCCACUCUGGAGCACGUCCGUGACCAGAGGCCUGGGAUGGUGCACACCAAGGACCAGUUUGAGUUUGCCCUGACGGCUGUGGCAGAGGAGGUCAACGCCAUCCUGAAAGCGCUGCCCCAGUGAUCCAUAACCCCCCCAGUCACUCUCCUGUGGCCCCCUUCCUUUACAUUCAAUCACACACUGCCUCCCCCCCCCAAGGAAUCCAUAUGAGGGAAACAUUUACACCCAGUAUUGACCCCCAUUAAACAAAAGACAAAGUGGCUCCUCUCAGCCUUCGCCCCCCUCCCCUUCUGAGUGACGUACUGAAUGCCUUACCGAACACCCUGACCCCCACCUCCAUGACAGCAGACAGGUGCAAACAGACAGGCAGGGCCCAGCUCUCUCAGCAUCACAUUUUCUGGGUCACGUGAUGCACAGCAGAUCCGGUCCAAACAGACCCACCUAGUAUAGCACUCUACACUAACGCUGCAAAUCUCUCAACACCAAACUGAAAAUUCGGUUCCUGUGAAGUGCUCAACCCAAUGUGGUUAUAGGUCCGAACACAUAACAGAGAAAAAGAAAUCAAUUAAGAAUCACACUGCAAACAUAUAACAGCAGCUGAUGUUACACUGUUAAAAGUCAGAGUGGAGAAGACAGAGCUGGUAGAUGUACGGCCAAUACAGUCUCUCCCCGGUUGCCAUGGGGUUACCUUCCGAUAAACCUUCCGAUAAACCUUCCGAUAAACCUAUCGUAAGGCGAAAAUAUUGUAAGGUGAAAAUGCAUUUUAAUAGAGUACACCUAACCUAAGAAACAUCACGGCCCGGUCAGACACACUCAGACUCCAGGGCGGCCCGGUCGGAUAGACUCAGACUCCAGGGCGGCCCGGUCGGGCACACUCAGACUCCAGGGCGGCCCGGUCGGGCACACUCAGACUCCAGGGCGGCCCGGUCGGGCACACUCAGACUCCAGGGCGGCCCGGUCGGACACACUCGGACUCCAGGGCGGCCCGGUCGGACAGACUCGGAGUCCAGGGCGGCCCGGUCGGAUAGACUCAGACUCUAGGGCGGCCCGGUCGGAUAGACUCAGACUCCAGGGCGGCCCGGUCGGACACACUCAGACUCCAGGGCGGCCCGGUCCGACACACUCGGACUCCAGGGCGGCCCGGUCCGACACACUCAGACUCCAGGGCGGCCCGGUCGGAUAGACUCAGACUCCAGGGCGCCCGGUUGGACAGACUUAGACUCUAGGGCGGCCCGGUCGGAUAGACUCAGACUCUAGGGAGGCCCGGUCGGACACACU